AUGCCUUCAACAAACACUACUGUCAUUCCAACUGCCGCUUCAGACGCCACCAACAAAAUGAAGGAAUACGAAGUUAUCGUUUUCUCGCAUGGUACCGAUUCUAAUAAUGCUACCGAAACUAGUAGUGAUGAUAAUUCUUCAUUCCAGCAACCUCUUCGCGCUGCUAAAACUAAGCAUAUCACUUGUAAUGGUCAAUCUGGACAAAUGUUUUGGAUUCCGGAAGGUUAUCGUCCACUCUUGGUUCGUACCGCGGAUCUCCCAUUGUUGGUUGGUGCGGAAUUCCCACUAUCGCCUGGAUUGUCUUCAGACGAAGAAUCAAACUAA